AUGGACCCCCGCCUCUGCCGCCACAUGUGCCCCGGCCGCGUCGUCAACAUCCAGCGGAGCAACGGCCUCAUCCACACCGCCACGAUCCGCGCGGUGAACGCCGAGCGCCGCACCGUGUCCGUGGAGUGGUCCGAGGGCAGCUCCGUCAAGGGCAAGGAGAUUGACAUUUGCGAUGUGAUAACAAUAAAUCCUGAGUUAGCAGAAGAAAUACCAUCUGCAGAUGUGAAAGAAAAUCUUCCUCUGCAAGAAAAUAUAGCUGUACAGAAACGCAGAACAACCCUUUCAAAAAUUCCUGCUCCACGUGAAGGUCUGCGUGGCCGUUCCACCAGGAUGUCUGUUAUCACAGAGUCUCAGAGCAAUCACCAGGAAAAUGAGAUGGAGGUGGAUCCCUGCACUUCUACACAAACCAGAAACAAUUCAGCAAUUCCUACUGGCAGGACCAGGGCUAGCAGGCUGAGCUGUGUCCCAGAGCCUUCCCUGACAAAUGAAAAUGGAAACACAGAGGAACAUCUGCCUCCUGCUAGAACGAGCUCUUCAUCAAACCCAGUUCGGAGAAGGUCUAACAUUGUGAAAGAGAUGGAGAAAAUGAAAAACAAGAGAGAAGAAAAGAGAGCCCAGAUCAGUGAAAUCAGGACAAAACGUGCACAGGAGUUUGAUAGCAGCUGUCCAAAUUGGGAAUUUGCACGGAUGAUCAGAGAAUUCAGAGCAACUUUGGACUGCCAACCAAUAUCUAUAACUGACCCAAUGGAAGAACAUAGGAUUUGUGUCUGUGUCAGGAAACGCCCUCUAAAUAAACAAGAACUUCUAAAAAAGGAAUGUGAUGUGAUCACUGUUCCCAGCAAGUGUGUCCUGCUGGUGCACGAGCCAAAGCUGAAAGUGGAUCUAACAAAAUACCUAGAAACCCAAGCAUUUAGAUUUGACUUCUCCUUUGAUGAAUCUUCUUCCAAUGAAAUGGUAUACAGGUUCACUGCUAGGCCUCUUGUACAGACUAUCUUUGAGGGUGGAAAAGCAACAUGUUUUGCAUAUGGCCAGACAGGCAGUGGCAAGACACAUACUAUGGGCGGAGACUUCUCUGGGAGAGCACAGAAUGCCUCAAAGGGGAUAUAUGCUUUUGCAUCACAAGAUGUCUUCCUUCUCCUAAGCCAGCCCAGGUAUAGGAAUCGGGAUUUGGAAGUCUAUGUGACAUUCUUUGAAAUAUACAAUGGGAAGGUGUUUGACCUCUUGAAUAAGAAGACAAAGCUUCGAGUUCUGGAAGAUGGCAAGCAGCAAGUCCAGGUGGUUGGCCUCCAAGAGAGACAAGUUGGCUGUGCUGAGGAUGUCAUCAGAAUGAUUGAGAUGGGCAGUGCAUGCAGGACAUCUGGGCAGACUUUUGCAAAUGCCAGCUCAUCCCGGUCCCAUGCUUGUUUUCAAAUCAUACUACGCCGAAAAGGAAAAAUGUUUGGCAAAUUUUCCUUGGUGGAUCUGGCUGGAAAUGAGAGGGGUGCAGAUACAUCUAGUGCUGAUCGGCAGACACGGAUGGAAGGGGCAGAAAUCAACAAGAGCUUGUUGGCUCUGAAGGAAUGUAUUCGAGCCCUAGGGCAGAACAAAUCUCACACCCCUUUCCGGGAGAGCAAGCUGACCCAAGUGCUAAGAGACUCUUUCAUAGGAGCAAACUCGAGGACCUGUAUGAUAGCAAUGAUUUCUCCAGGCAUGAGUUCCUGUGAGUACACCUUAAACACACUGAGAUACGCUGACAGAGUGAAAGAGCUCAGCCCUCACAAUGGAGCUGGUGAAAUCCAGAAUCAUAUGGAAACUGAUAAUGAGGAAACAGAAACCAGUGGAGAAGUCUUGAGUCUUCAACACAAUCUUUCCAAGGAUGAGGAGGAAGAUCUUUCUCCCCACAUGUUCAAUUUCCGUGAGGCUGUGAUUCAAAUUGGUGAGCAGGAGGAGAAAGUUAUAGAAGAGCUUAGAGAACUAAAACAGAAAAUGACUGAACUUGACUAUCUCUUGGGAAUGACUGAGCAGCCAGACUACGAUCUCGAGACCUUUGUCAGCAGAGCUAAGUGCUUUGUAGAGGAAAGCUCAAGAAACAUCAUUAGUGUUGGAGAAACAUUAGAGGCCCUGGGAGUUGCCAUGCAACUGGAAGAGCAAGCCAGCAAGCAGAUGAGCAAGCAGAGGCUUCAGUAAAUAUAGCAAAAUGUGGUUCACAAGCAAUCUUCUGUAUCUCUUGCAUAUGUCAGUGGUUUGUGUAACCCUUCUUUUAAAUGUGGUAGAGUGUGUAGGUCAGGCGUGCCUGAGGCAGCAAAAUGGCAGCCUCUCCCUAAGUGGCCUGGAAUCAGGGUAGGUGGCAGAAACUCUGCUAGAAACCCUCACUGCAAGGCUUGGGGAGGAGGGGUUUGAGUCUGCCAGAUGUCUAACACAAGUGACUACAGUCUCCUAAUAACUAGAUAUGUGUAUAGCUUUCUAGUGUACAUACUAUUUUUGGUUCCAGAUGUGCUUGAAAUGUUGCAAAAUUGCAAGUCUGGCUUUUCUAGAAAGAAAAUGGACUUACCUGUAACUGU